GGGCUGCGCUGAUUUUAAUGUAAAAAGUUUGGAACCGUCUUUUUUUUUUUCCAGUAAUGCAGAAUUAUUAACUAGACUCAACAUUGGACAGUAUGUUCCCUGCCGAGCUCCUGCGUGACUUUACAGCCGCGUGUCGUUGCUUAUCUGCGGGGAAAGUGUGUCGGGACCUCUGCAAAGAUCCCGACCGUCGAUACUAGGCUCCGGCGGGUCCUCGGCGUGGCAUGUGUCCGGGUGUGAGUGCGCCAUGAGCGGCCCGGAGCUGAGCGAGCUGCCGGACGAGUCGGAGGCGCUGGUCCCGUACGUGAGCUCCCUCCGCCGGGCAGCGCUGCAGGCCCCGGAGCUGACCGGGGUCCGAGCGCUCUCACACGGCUUCCUGCUCAAGUUUCUCCGCGCCCGGGACUUCGACGUGGAGCUCGCCCUGAAGUUGCUCCUGAACUACCAGCGCUGGAGGAGGGACAGUCCUGAGAUCAGCCUGUGUCUGUCUCCCCACUCUGUCCUGGGUCUGCUCAGAGAGGACUACCACAGCGUCCUGCCUGUGAGGGACCACAGCGGCAGCAGAGUGCUCGUCUACAGGAUCGGUCAGUGGAACCCCAAAGACUGGUCGGCCGUCCAUGUGUUUCGGGUCAGCCUCAUGACGUCUGAGGUCAUCGCCAUGGAGACCCAGACUCAGAGGAGGGGCGUGAAGGUCAUCUUCGACCUCCAGGGCUGGUGUUUAGGCCACGCCCUCCAUGUCACGCCCUCACUGACCCGCAAGAUCUCCUCUGUGCUCUCGGAUGCGUUUCCUCUGAAGGUGCGGGGGAUCCACCUGCUCAACGUGCCUCUGUUCUUCCGCCCGGUGCUGGCUAUGAUCAGACCCUUCCUCCCCGACAAGAUCAGACAGAGGAUCCACGUGCACGGCUCGGACUACACUGACUCUUUGUUGGACUUCUUCUCGGCGCCAGUGCUGCCGCCGGAGUACGGAGGGGAAGCGCCAAGCAUCCAGGAGGCGUGUCAGGCCUGGACCAAUCAACUGCUGCAGUCCGAGAGCUUUCUGCAGAGCGUCGCGUCUCACCCAACGGGAGACAUCAACGUGACCCCCGACAACGCUACCUCAGAGGGAGCAGAGAUCAGGAUGGACUGAGGAGAUGUUCAUGUGUCUGUGUAGUUUUUAUAAUUCAGACUCAAAUGUGUUACUAAAAAAUUUACUCUCUUGUACAUGUUACUGGUGUUCACUUUAGUUGAGAUCUAUUCUGGAAAAUCAGUUUUUUAGAGCUUUUAACCAUGUUAUAACUGUUUCCUUCCUCAAUUACUCUUUCAAAGUUGUAUUCAGAGUGAUUCAUACAUGUUUGAGCAACCUUUAUUCUUCUGUAUCCAAGACGUCACUGCUCCGAUCAACAGGCUCUAUUCACGUUUACGUCACAAACCAGGAAAACGUUUGGAAACAUGCACCCCAAAAGCCAUAUACUCAACCUGACAUGCCGAAAUACACACAGGUGUCAUAUAGAUUGUUUGUUUAUUAACAAAAAACUCACUUUCAGUACGAACAUGAAGGCGCCAGCCCAGUAAAAAUCUGUAAUAUUUGGUGUUUUUUUUACUCAAAAUAAUGCAGAAUCAUGUUAUUAACAUUAACACGGUUCAUAAUCACCUACAGAAAAUAAAUCAUAGACUACAACACAUGAACCAGGACUGAACCAGGACUAAACCAGGACAAAAAGAUGCUAAAACAGGACUGAACCAGGACUAAAACAGGACUGAACCAGGACUAAAAAAGGGCUAAGACAGGACUACUACACCAGGACUUAAACAGGACUACACCAGGACUACACUAGGAUUAAACCAGGACUAAACCUGGUCUAAACUAGGUCUAACCCAAGACUAAAACAGUACUCAAAAAGGGCUAAGACAGGACUAUUACACCAUGACUACACUAGGAUUAAACCAGGGCUAAAACAGGUCUAAACCAGGACUAAUCUUGGACUUGAGAGCGAGAGAACCCGUGGAGCAGAGUGUCUGCAACGCUCAACCCGCCAACGGCUGCGCUGAGCCCCGUGGGACGCGGAGUUCUAAGUCAGUCCUUUCGCCUGCGGUCACCCGACAUUUUAUAUGUGUGCUCCUCUGGGCCCGUCCUGACACUCAGUCCUGGUUCAGUUCUGGUUUAGUCUUGGUUUAUACCCGGUUCAGUCCUAUUUUAGUCCUGGUUCAGUUCUGGUUCAGUCCUCAUGUCUCAGGUCACUAUAGGACAGUCCUGCAGAUACCAUGAGUCUAUGCAGGCUGUUUUCAUCAUUGCCAAUAGCUCCAGUUUGGCAUUUAAGUUGUAGCUAUUUUAUAUUUGUUUUUUUUUUUAUAUCUCACGUCUGGAGAAGUGGGUGGACGGCGAACCCCUGCGUACCACACCCACUACCCUGGAAACAUGUAACAUCAACUUCCUGUGGGCUCUGUUUGCAGUAGUAAGUCUGACAAAAUCUAGGGAAAAAUGAGAAAAUGUCCCAGUGCGAUUAGAAGAGAUGAGGAACCAAAUUCAAGAUUCCAAAACGGCACAUACGUUUGCAGUCUUCAUUUUAGCGUUGAUCACUUUUACUUCAUUGGGUUUGAUCACAGUCGGGUCGGCGAGCCCAGUGUCGGGAAUUACACCGGAAGUUGUCAUUGCAUGUUUUCAAACGUCUUCCUGGUUUGUGACAUAACGUGAAUAGAGCCGACUGCCGUUUUCACCUCCACCGGUACCGAUUCGUUCUCCAAUUUUUUCUUAAUCAGUUAUCAGGGUUAUUGUUCCUUAUCACAAACAAAUCUGGAGUUGUGUUUUAUUUCAUUCAAACGUUUAACACACAAACUCUCCAUAUUUAGCCUGAGUCUUUUCCUCCUUGUGAUGUCAUGAAGUGGCAAUGCUCCACUGUGUUUUUAAACUCCAUACACCUUCGCUUGAAUUAUCUGGAUAAUUUCAGACCUGGGAUUUUCAAUCUCUGCUAAGCAAAAGUGAAAAUGAGGUGUUAACUUGAAAACUACAGAAGAAGAAGAAUCUAACACAUGUUGUUCAUUAUUUACUCAUUUUAUGCAAUGUUCUGUACUCUUUGUUUUAACUGUGAAAUGUCAAUUUUUAUACCUUUUUUAAUUCCAAUGCACUUUUUAAUAUUUGCAAAAAAUGAAGUUUAUCUUGGACGAAUAAUUUUGAUACAAUAAUGUCACAUUUUAUAUUUUUAUCAAAUGAAGGGACAAGUGAAAAUUAAAGAGACUUGUUAUGA